UCGGCCCACAACUUCAAAUACAAUUAUGCAAAAACUAUUUGGGUUCAAUAUCACCUCAUUUUGAAUGACCUGAUAAAUGAGGCCCCCCUGACAAAUAAAAGAAAAACACUGACGUUCAAAAGUCAUCUUAAAAGCCUGUUAGAUGGUUGAAUGUGAUGUGUGCUCAUGUUGCCUUCAGGCAUGUUGGAGGAGCUUGUUGGAGUGACAGUGGUUUUGACGAGUCAACCAGCUGAGGAGGGGACAAGCACUGCCUGGUGCAGCUCCCUCACUCUCUCACGACCACCGACAUGGCCGGUUGGGGCACCUUCUUCUUUUCCCUCCUCAACUACAAGACGGAAAAGUAUGUCAUCGCAGAGAACAGAAAGAUCGGAAUACUAUUUCGAAUCUACCAACUGGCCGUGCUGGGAUACAUAAUCGGGUGGGUGUUUGUGAUGAAGAAGGGCUACCAGGAAAGAGAGGAGGCCAUCCAAUCUUCCGUCAUCACCAAGCUCAAAGGCGUCACACUGACCAACAGCUCAGAGAGCGGCCUUCACCUGUGGAGUGCCGAGGACUACGUCAUUCCGCCGAAUGGAGAGCAGGUUUUCUUCGUGGUUACAAAUUACAUUGAGACCCCCAAUCAGAGGCUGGGCUUCUGUGCCGAGAGUAUCAAGGUACCAAAUGGCCAAUGUCUUAGUGAUGAUGACUGCACUGAGGGGGAAACUGUCAUAGCAGGGCAUGCACUACCCAGCCAACAAACGUUGCUCUCUCCAUCAGGAAUUAAAACAGGCUUGUGUAUAAACAGCACUGGCACUUGCGAGAUUCAUGCCUGGUGUCCUGUAGAGUACAGCAAGAGACCCAUAGUACCAUUACUGAGCGAAGCUGAAAACUUCACCGUUUACAUCAAGAACUUCAUCAGGUUCCCAAAGUUUGAAUUUUCAAAGUCCAACGUCCUUGAUACAGCUGAUGACAGCUACUUGAAAAGAUGUUCCUACGACCAAGUGGACCAUCCUUACUGUCCCAUAUUUCGACUUGGAGAUCUGAUCAAACGUGCUGGACACGACUUCCAGGACAUGGCUGCAAAGGGUGGGUCUGUUGGUUUAUUAAUUGAGUGGUACUGCGAUUUGGAUAAGGACUACUCUAAGUGUAAUCCAGAAUACAGCUUCACUCGUUUGGACAUGAAUUUGAAUAACUCUGUCACAUCAGGGUACAACUUCAGAUAUGCCAGAUACUUUAAGGAUCAAAAUGGGGAAACAUUUCGCACUUUGUAUAAAGUAUAUGGAAUUCGUUUUGACAUCAUGAUCAAUGGCCAGGCUGGAAAAUUCAACAUUAUUCCCACAAUAAUUGCCAUUGGCUCAGGUGUUGCUCUUCUAGGAAUAGGAGCCUUUGUAUGUGAUAUGAUCCUGCUGUACAUGAUGAACACCAGCUCCUUCUAUCGAAACAAGAAAUUUGAGAUCAUCAAUUUCAAGAAAGAGCGCGAGUCAAUCCGAGAGAAAAGGACUCGGAAAUCCAAGAAACUAGCUGCAGAAAAAGAGGCUACUAACUCCAUAAAAAAGACAGAGGACAUUGAAGCCUUGGAGACUCAGAACAAGGCAAUGAAAAAUAAGCGGGGUCCCACCAUUCCACGCAACACGGGUCAGCGGUACGCUACCACCCUCUCUCUGCAGGGUGAGGAAACAAAGCCUCAUAUCACAUUUGCUUCAGACAAUUGAAAACAAGAUCAAAAUGAUCUGCAACGAUGGUCUCAUCACCUUAUUGACAAGGAUGUAUUACGUUUUAAUUUAGGAAUAUAAUUUGGAUUAAAAUAAUUUUUUUAAAUACAUUUGACAUUUUUGUCAAAACAAAAAAUGUUUAAUUGCUAAAUUGAUUUUUAAAAAAUGAGCACAAGUUGCUUUGAUUAACCUAUAUUACUUUUUUUUAAUACCUGCCAAUUUUGAGAUGAAAUUUGCUUCAUCCAAUUUCAAUGACGAAUUGUCUGCCUUGAAUUGUGUGCUACCGUUAAAAUGUGAGUGUACCACUAUUUAUUUCAAAUGUCUUAUUGUACAAAUGAAUGUAUGUUGUCUCAACAGUGAGCAAAACAGUAAAAAAAAAAAGAUCUGAUAUGUGCAUAUAAGUACAGAGGUAUUUAUUCCAAUCAUUAAUCACAUUUUGUCUUGAACUUCAGUACUGUACAGAAAAGUGCAACAUCAAAUAGUUACACCUUGUUUAGGAUGUCAUGUGCUACAGUCUGUUACACUACAAUCCAAAACCUAAUCCUGGGCAGGCUCAUAAAUAAGGAGAGGCCUGGAGUCAAUUAAAGGCAUUGUUGAGUGUGUGGAGA